CUGGGGGCACCGGGUUUGAAGUGGUGCGGGUCAGAGCGGCGCCGCCUCCGCCCGUGUGUAGGACCCCGGUGGCUUUGGGAGACGAGCUCGGGUGGGCGGCCCAUGCCCGAAGGCCCGUGCCAGUCGCUACACGCCGCGCCGCCUGCUGCCCUGCGCCCGACGGCCUGGGCCUGCGUCGCUCUGCCCGGGAAACGAGCGCCCGAGCGGCGCGGCGUGUAGCUUCCCCGGGAGUUCCGAACCGCCGGCCCCGGCCAUGGCGGUCUCCAGACUCGAUCGUCUUUUUAUCCUACUGGAUACUGGUACUACUCCAGUUACAAGAAAAGCUGCUGCACAGCAGCUUGGAGAAGUAGUGAAGCUUCAUCCUCAUGAAUUAAAUAAUUUGUUAUCUAAGGUAUUAAUAUAUUUAAGGAGUGCAAAUUGGGAUACUCGGAUUGCUGCAGGACAAGCUGUUGAAGCUAUAGUGAAAAACGUGCCCGAAUGGAAUCCAGUGCCAAGAACCAAACAAGAACCUACAGAAAGUUCUAUGGAAGAUUCCUCUACUACAGAUCGAUUAAAUUUUGACAGAUUUGAUAUAUGCAGAUUGUUACAGCAUGGUGCAUCACUUUUGGGGUCUGCUGGUGCAGAAUUUGAAGUCCAAGAUGAAAAAUCAGGUGAAGUGGAUCCUAAAGAGAGAAUAUCACGUCAACGGAAAUUAUUACAGAAGAAACUUGGACUUAAUAUGGGAGAAGCAAUUGGAAUGAGUACUGAAGAACUCUUCAACGAUGAAGAUUUGGAUUACACCCCAACUUCAGCAACCCUUGUAAACAAACAAUCUACUCUUCAGGCAGCUGAAUUGAUAGAUUCAGAAUUCCGAGCAGGAAUGAGUAAUAGACAGAAGAACAAAGCUAAAAGAAUGGCCAAGUUAUUUGCAAAACAGAGAUCCAGGGAUGCGGUAGAAACAAAUGAGAAAAGUAAUGACAGUACUGAUGGAGAGCCAGAAGAAAAGAGACGGAAAGUAGCAAAUGUUGUUAUUAAUCAGACUACUACUGAUUCUAAAGUCUUGGUUGAUAAUGUUCCAGAAAGUUCUUCCAUAAUUGAGGAGACAAAUGAAUGGCCUUUGGAAAGUUUCUGUGAAGAACUUUGCAAUGAUCUUUUUAAUCCCUCCUGGGAGGUUCGACAUGGGGCAGGUACUGGACUUAGAGAAAUUCUUAAAGCUCAUGGGAAAAGUGGUGGUAAAAUGGGAGACAGCACUUUAGAAGAGAUGAUUCAGCAGCAUCAAGAGUGGUUGGAGGACUUAGUCAUUAGACUCCUUUGUGUUUUUGCCUUGGACAGAUUUGGAGACUUUGUUUCUGAUGAAGUUGUAGCACCCGUUCGUGAAACUUGUGCUCAAACAUUAGGUGUGGUUUUAAAGCACAUGAACGAAACAGGAGUUCAUAAGACAGUGGAUGUGCUACUGAAAUUACUGACCCAAGAACAGUGGGAAGUUAGACAUGGCGGUCUGCUAGGAAUAAAAUAUGCUUUGGCAGUUCGCCAGGAUGUAAUUAAUACUUUAUUGCCUAAAGUUUUAACUCGAAUAAUUGAAGGACUCCAGGACCUUGAUGACGAUGUCAGAGCUGUUGCGGCAGCAUCCUUAGUGCCUGUGGUAGAAAACCUUGUCUACCUUCAGACACAAAAGGUACCCUCCAUUAUAAAUACCUUAUGGGAUUCUCUCCUGGAAUUAGAUGAUCUAACAGCUUCAACAAAUAGUAUUAUGACUCUUCUUUCAUCAAUGUUAACUUACCCUCAGGUCCAGCAAUGCAGUAUUCAGCAGUCACUCACAGUUCUAGUUCCACGUGUCUGGCCAUUUUUGCAUCACACUAUAUCUUCAGUCCGAAGAGCAGCACUGGAAACUCUCUUCACAUUGUUAUCAACACAGGACCAGAACUCUUCAUCUUGGCUUAUACCCAUCCUGUCUGAUAUGCUGCGACACAUUUUUCAGUUUUGUGUUUUAGAAAGCAGCCAGGAAAUUCUGGAUCUUAUUCAUAAGGUUUGGAUGGAACUGUUAAGCAAGGCUUCAGUUCAGUAUGUGGUAGCAGCUGCUUGCCCAUGGAUGGGCGCUUGGCUUUGCUUAAUGAUGCAGCCUUCUCAUUUACCUAUUGAUUUAAAUAUGUUGCUAGAAGUAAAAGCUAAAGCCAAGGAAAAAACAGGUGGUAAGAUACGGCAAGGCCAAAUCCAGAAUAAGGAAGUGCUUCAGGAGUACAUUGCAGGUGCAGACACCAUCAUGGAAGACCCAGCUACAAGGGAUUUUGUAGUUAUGAGGGCCAGGAUGAUGGCAGCUAAGUUGUUAGGAGCACUUUGUUGCUGUAUUUGUGAUCCAGGUGUAAAUAUGAUAAACCAAGAAAUUAAACCAGCAGAAUCCCUUGGCCAGUUACUUCUAUUCCAUUUGAACUCCAAAUCUGCUUUACAGAGAAUUAGUGUUGCAUUAGUGAUAUGUGAAUGGGCCGCUUUACAAAAGGAGUGUAAAGCUGUUACCCUAGCUGUGCAGCCACGUUUACUUGAUAUCCUUUCAGAACAUUUGUAUUAUGAUGAAAUUGCUGUUCCAUUCACAAGAAUGCAGAAUGAAUGUAAACAGUUUAUAUCAUCAUUAGCUGAUGCACAUAUUGAAGUUGGUAAUAGAAUAAACAACAAUGUUUUAACAAUAGAUCAAGCUAAUGACCUGGUAACUACUGUUUUUAAUGAAGUCACAUCAACUUUUGAUCUAAAUCCUCAAGUGUUACAGCAGUUAGAUAGUAAACGCCAUCAGGUCCAAAUGACAGUUGCAGAGACGAACCAAGAGUGGCAAGUGUUGCAGUUGAGAGUGCAUACUUUUGCUGCAUGUGCAGUUGUGAGCUUGCAGCAUCUUCCGGAGAAGUUAAAUCCUAUCAUAAAACCACUAAUGGAAACAAUUAAAAAAGAAGAGAAUACGCUAGUACAGAACUAUGCUGCUCAGUGCAUAGCUAAGCUUCUUCAGCAGUGUACAGCAAGGACACCAUGUCCUAAUUCAAAAAUUAUUAAAAACCUCUGUAGCUCUCUUUGUGUGGACCCAUACCUCACUCCCUGUGUAACAUGUCCAGUACCAACACAGAGUGGCCAGGAAAAUUCUAAAGGCUCCAACUCAGAAAAAGAUGGGAUGCACCAUACUGUCACCAAACACAGAGGUAUCAUUACACUCUAUCGGCAUCAGAAAGCAGCUUUUGCUAUCACAAGCAGGCGAGGUCCUAUCCCCAAAGCAAUCAAAGCUCAGAUUGCAGAGCUGCCUGCGGGGAGUAGUGGGAAUGUCCUGGUUGAACUUGAUGAGGGUCAGAAGCCUUUCCUGGUACAGCGGAGAGGAGCUGAAUUUGCGUUAACAACUAUAGUGAAGCAUUUUGGUGCUGAAAUGGCAGUGAAGUUGCCACAUCUUUGGGAUGCUAUGGUUGGCCCACUGAAGGCUAUGAUUGACCUAAAUAAUUUCGAUGGAAAGUCCCUCCUGGAAAGAGGUGAUGGUCCUGCUCAAGAAUUGGUAAAUUCCCUGCAGGUUUUUGAAAUAGCAGCAGCUUCGAUGGAUUCCGCGCUUCAUUCCUUGCUGGUCCAGCAUUUGCCUCAUUUGUAUAUGUGCCUUCAGUAUCCCAGCACUGCAGUGAGGCACAUGGCAGCUCGCUGCAUAGGUGUCAUGAGCAAAAUAGCUACCAUGGAAACAAUGAACAUUUUUUUAGAGAAGGUACUCCCAUGGCUGGGAGCAAUUGAUGACAAUGUCAAACAAGAAGGUGCAAUUGAAGCACUUGCCUGUGUUAUGGAACAAUUGGAUGUUGGUAUUGUUCCGUAUAUUGUCCUUUUAGUUGUUCCUGUAUUGGGAAGAAUGAGUGAUCAGACAGACAGUGUGAGAUUCAUGGCUACUCAAUGCUUUGCAACAUUAAUUAGACUGAUGCCACUUGAGGCAGGCAUUCCAGACCCUCCAAACAUGUCUGAAGAAUUAAUCCAGUUGAAAGCAAAAGAGCGACACUUUUUAGAGCAAUUAUUAGAUGGGAAGAAGUUAGAAAAUUACAAGAUCCCAGUGCCAAUCAACGCUGAACUGAGGAAGUACCAGCAGGAUGGUGUGAACUGGUUAGCCUUUCUUAAUAAAUAUAAGCUUCAUGGAAUUCUGUGUGAUGACAUGGGCUUAGGAAAAACAUUACAGUCCAUCUGUAUUCUAGCUGGAGAUCAUUGUCAGAGGGCCCAGGAAUAUGCAAGAUCGAAAUUGGCAGAAUGUAUGCCACUUCCUUCCUUGGUGGUUUGCCCACCCACGUUAACAGGUCACUGGGUAGAUGAAGUAGGUAAAUUUUGCUCCAGAGAAUAUCUCAAUCCAUUGCAUUAUACUGGCCCUCCUACUGAAAGGAUAAGGUUGCAGCAUCAAGUAAAAAGGCAUAAUCUGAUAGUAGCUUCAUAUGAUGUUGUGAGAAAUGACAUAGACUUUUUUAGAAAUAUUAAAUUUAACUACUGUAUUCUUGAUGAAGGCCAUGUCAUAAAAAACGGAAAAACCAAAUUGUCAAAAGCAGUAAAACAGCUGACUGCUAACUAUAGGAUUAUUCUUUCCGGAACACCAAUCCAGAACAACGUUUUGGAGUUGUGGUCACUGUUUGAUUUCCUUAUGCCUGGAUUUUUGGGUACUGAACGCCAGUUUGCUGCUCGAUAUGGUAAACCUAUAUUAGCGAGUAGGGAUGCACGAAGCUCCAGUCGAGAACAAGAAGCAGGUGUUCUUGCAAUGGAUGCACUGCACCGCCAAGUCCUGCCAUUCCUUUUGAGAAGAAUGAAAGAAGAUGUCUUGCAGGAUCUUCCACCUAAAAUUAUUCAAGACUAUUACUGUACUCUUAGCCCUCUCCAGAUUCAACUUUAUGAAGAUUUUGCUAAGUCUCGUGCCAAGUGUGAUGUGGAUGAGACUGUGUCUUCAGCUGCACUUUCAGAAGAAACUGAGAAACCAAAGCUUAAAGCUACAGGUCAUGUAUUCCAGGCAUUACAAUAUUUACGUAAACUGUGCAACCAUCCAGCAUUGGUCUUAACCCCUCAGCAUCCAGAAUUCAAGAGCACUACUGAAAAACUGACUGUUCAGAAUUCUUCACUUCAUGAUAUUCAGCAUGCCCCUAAACUCUCCGCUUUGAAACAGUUGCUGUUGGAUUGUGGUUUGGGAAACGGCAGCACUUCAGACAGUGGCACGGAGUCUGUGGUGGCCCAACACAGAAUACUGAUCUUCUGUCAGCUAAAAAGCAUGCUUGAUAUAGUUGAGCAUGACCUGCUGAAGCCUCACCUACCCUCUGUCACUUAUUUGAGACUAGAUGGCAGCAUACCUCCUGGACAGAGGCAUUCCAUUGUUUCCCGACCUCAGCAUGGAGUGUGGAAAUUUCCCCAUUAUGUUCCAUAUGUUCUGGAGAUAAAUCCAAGGUUUAACAAUGACCCAUCCAUUGAUGUUCUUUUACUUACAACUCAUGUUGGUGGCCUAGGGCUUAACCUGACUGGUGCUGACACUGUGGUGUUUGUGGAACACGACUGGAACCCUAUGCGAGAUCUACAGGCCAUGGACCGGGCCCAUCGCAUUGGGCAGAAACGUGUGGUUAAUGUCUAUCGACUAAUAACCAGAGGAACACUAGAAGAGAAGAUAAUGGGCUUGCAGAAAUUCAAGAUGAACAUAGCAAAUACCGUUAUUAGCCAAGAGAAUUCUAGUUUACAGAGCAUGGGGACGGAUCAGCUUCUUGACUUGUUUACUCUGGAUAAGGAUGGCAAAGCAGAAAAGGCUGACAGCUCUACUUCUGGGAAAGCGAGCAUGAAAUCAGUUCUGGAAAACCUGAGUGACCUCUGGGAUGCCGAGCAGUACGAUUCCGAGUACAACCUGGAGACUUUCAUGCGCUCUCUCGAGUAACUACUGCACACUGAUGCGGCUGCUGCUAGUUCAGUUACAUUCUGCUGAUAUUCAGCAAUUCCUAAGUCUGUGGUGAACUUUAACUGAAUGUAUAAAUAGAUCUGAAGAAUAUUCAGCAUAGUGCUGGCUCUUGUUUCACCGGGGAACAAGUUAUUCUCAAAUAUUUGCACUGUAUUAAAUUUAAAUGUUAAUGUGAAAAGGUUUAAAUUUUACAUGCUGAAUAGCUGCAGAGGGAGGAAGCGCCAGGUUUCCAUGUGCUACCAUGAGGUGCUCCUGCCGGGACAGCCUCCUCUACAGUCACUUUGUCCACGAGGUCACCAGGGCCGUGGUGUCCGCGUGCAUUUGUUUCUUUAAAAUAGUACUUGUUUUUAUAAUUGAUUACAAAUAGGGCUUCUUUUGUAUAAAAGCCUUAAUGAGCCAUACUUUUCAGAAUUUCAGAAUGACUUUAAUAUUAGUCACCCCUAGAACAUGAAAAUGGUAAACAAUGAAUUGAACCAGGCCCUGUGGCAACCUUUGUAUAUUUAAUGCAGAUGCAUAUAGUGUUUUUCAAAUCUUUAUUAACAUCAUUUUGUUCACUUUUAAAGUAUAAUGACUAUUCUAAAUGCAGGUACUGGUGUAUUUAAGGCUAUAAUAACAUCCUAUUAGAGGGUGGGUUUUGUUUAAUUUAUCUAAUGGCUAGGAUAUAGCCAAAUUCAAAGAAUAUAUGUACUUGGUAGGUUUCAAUCAUAUAUAUAUAUAAAAUAUAUAUAUAUAUUUUGUAACUAUGAACACAGUUUUCCAGACAUAAAUUUUACACUGCUUACAAUUCCAAUCCCUGUGGUGAAGGCUGUUUACUGUAGUAGAGCAUGGCUGGCAGACAGGGAGGAACUGCUCUUCAUACACAGCAUACAAGGAUACGCGUGUCUAUAUGCACAGUGUCCAUCCCACACCCAGUGUGUCUGGUUUGGGCACUAAAAUCAUGUAGUUAUACCAGACAGCAAUAAUAAUUGAGCACGGAGCUAUUGAACUAGUAGUGCAAGAAGAGCUCAGUGGUGAGGGUGGGUAGCUGUACACAGAUAUGCAUGUAUGUGUAUGUAUAUAAUUUUAUAAAUUCCCACAUAAGUUAAUACAUGCCUAUGUAUACACACGUGUGGAUUAUAUUUGUAUAUAUAUGUACAGGUAAUAACAUCUUCAAGGUUUGUGUCUGGUCCUGUACCUAGGCAUCAACUUAAAACCAUCAGACCUCAAUUGUACAAUAACAAGGGUUUUGUUUAAAAUAAUUAAAAUUCUACAGCACUUGGAUAUGAAGUUUGUCACACUUGAGUAGCCUUGACAACCAUGCUGUAAUACUGAACCUAGCAUUCCACAAGAGAAUAAAUAGCAAAUUGUAAA